GCCAGAGCCAAGCUGUGCCCAAUUCUCUCUACUUGUCCUCAUUAUGAAACCGCUUUGUCCAGAUCAUCAGCAGGCAUCGGUGGCAGCAUUGCUGGUGUUCUGCCUGUGCGUGCUGCUGCUGCCUCCGACCAGCUACUCUGCGUCAGAUCAUGGUGCUGUGGAGGCUGUCGGAACUGUCGAAUGCUCCGAUUGCGGACUUCAUAACAUUAAUUCUACCCAGGCGUUUUCGGGGCUUCAUGUGACUUUUGAGUGCCAGUCUGAUGCCGGAGAGGUCCGAACAAGAGGGAAGAGUGCACUUGACCGAGAAGGAAAAUUCAGAGCUUCUCUUCCUCAAGAGCUCGCAAGAGGAGGCCAACUCAGAGAGGACUGCUUUGCGCGGCUUCACAGCGUAUCCGGCGCUCCCUGCCCCGUCCACAACCACCUCGACGCCUCCAAGUUAACAUUCAAAUCCAACAACGCCGCCAAAAAGACCUUUGGCCCCAGCGAGAAGCUCAAGUUCUCUCCGGCCACCUGCGCUUCAGCCUUCUUUUGGCACUUCUUCAGGCACCCACCCUUCCAGCGUUACCCGUAUUGGCAACCUCCGCCAGAUUACAUCAACCAGCCGCCACCCGCGCCAACCCCUUCCGGCAGCAACCUGGCGCCCCUGCCUCCACCUGUAGACAACCAACCUCCUCCACCACCUCGCCCAACCCUCCAGAACUCAGUGCCACCGCCUGUCCCAGUAUACAACAUUGCCCCCCCACCUGUACCGAUAUACGGCAAUCCAUCCCCACCAUCUACCCCAAUUUACAAUAAUUUGCCGCCGCCACCUGUCCCAGAAUCUCAGAUCCCUCUUCCACCAGCCGUGUCACCGUCCAUGGCGCCAACUCCACCGCCUAUUCCUGUAAGCCCACUUCGACCACCGAUUCUAAGAAGUCCACCGCCAUCUCCCACUUCUUAUGGGAACCCAAUGCCAUCGCCCAUAAACCCGCUUCCUCCCCCGACUCCAAGAAGUCCGCCAUCUCCCGUUUCUUAUAAGAACCACCCAAUGCCUUCGCCCAUAAACCCGCUUCCUCCCCAGACUCCAAGAAGUCCGCCGCCAUCUCCCGUUUCUUGUAAGAACCACCCAAUGCCUUCGCCCAUAAACCCGCUUCCUCCCCCGACUCCAAGAAGUUCGCCGCCAUCUCCUGUUUCUUAUAAGAACCCAAUGCCUUCGCCUAUAAACCCGCUUCCUCCGCCGACACGAAGAAGUCCAUCUCCAUCCCCUUCCUAUAAGAAGCCAAGGCCACCGCCAAUGCAGCCGCCGCAUCCAGUUUUCAAACACGCAAUUCCGCCACCAGCUCCUACUUUGAGAAGGAGGCCACCUUCUCCUUACUUUAGGAUGCCAUUUCCUCCACCACCUCAAAAAUCAAGAAGGCCCCUUCUUCCGGCACCAGAGCCAGAAGCCAAUACGCCACCGCCAGCCGCUUCUCCAAUUCCACUGAAAAAACCAGCAGCGCCAUGGAAGCCCCGAAGGUCGAACCUGCCGGCAAUUCCGAGAGCUCCUCAGAUCCCAAAACUUCCUCCCACCCCAAAGAUCCCUCGGAAGUAUUUCAACCAACCCAGUUCCGGCAACCAACCGCCCUCAUCUCAUGCUUAAUAUAGUUCUUCGCGUUUUCUCAGCAUCAUUUAGUAUGCAAUGUAUUAAUUUGUGGUAAACAUGUUUUUGGGUGAGAAUGUCAGUUUCCAUUCCAAAAUAAAUUAUUUGGGUGUGAGAAUAUAUUUAUAGACUCUUUCUAAUUAUUAAUUUCAUGCAGAGUCUCUGCAUGUUCCCGGUUUACAGAGCAACGUCAGUUAUAAUUUCACAAUAUAUUUUUAAAUAUUCA